UAUUAAAUUGACAUCAAAAAUUGAUAAUUUUAUAAUAGAUAGCAGUAAUAAAAAUAUUACUGCUCAUAGUGUUAAUAAUUCUAAAAUUGAAAUGACAGUACCAAUACAACGUGGUUCAAUGGCAGUAUUACAACCACCACGUUCACGUUUUAUGAUAAAUGAUAUAUUAGCGGGUAGUGCAGCGGCAGCAGCAGCAGCAGCCGCAGCAGCAGCUGCUGCAGCUGCAUCCAAUAAUACAUUAAAUGUAAAUGGUACAUUAAGUAAUAGCAAUGGUAAUGGAAUAGGAAAUGGUGGCAAUAAUAUCAGUAAUAAUAACAAUAGUAAUAGUAAUGGUAAUAAUCGUAAUAGUCCCAUAGAAAAUGGUCAUCAUAGCAUUCAUAAUAAUCCUUUAAAUCAUCAUUUACAUCAUACAACAUUAACAGCAACAGCUUUACAUCAUCAUCAUCAACAACAACAACAACAACAACAGCAGCAACAACAGAUUCAUCAACAUACAAAUGGUAAUUUACAAGCUGUUUAUCAUCAUGCAUUACAACAACAUCAUUUAACACAUGGAUUAGGUGGAUUUCAUCAUCAUCAUCAUAAUCAUCAUCAGAUAAGAGAUUUAGAUGAUGAUCAUAUUAGAUCACCAUCACCACAAGGACCUAGAGAUUUAAGUGUUGCACCAAGUGGUGGUUGUGGUGGUAAUAGUAGCAUUGAUAGUAGUGGACGUGGACAUGAUGAUGUUGAUAGUGAUAGUGAUAAUGAUUUAGACAGUCAUAGUGUUUGUAGUAAUGGUGCCAAAGAUGAAGAUGGUAAUAGUAUUAAAAGUGGUAUGGGUUUAAGUGGUACAUCAGGUUUAAGUAAAAAACAACGUAAAGCUAGAACAGCAUUUACUGAUCAUCAAUUACAAACUUUAGAAAAAUCAUUUGAGAGGCAAAAAUAUUUAAGUGUUCAAGAUCGUAUGGAAUUAGCAAAUAAAUUAGGAUUAAGUGAUACACAAGUUAAGACAUGGUAUCAAAAUCGAAGAACAAAAUGGAAACGACAAACAGCAGUUGGUUUAGAAUUAUUAGCUGAAGCAGGAAAUUAUGCAGCAUUUCAAAGAUUAUAUGGUGGACCACCAUAUCUUGGUGGUUGGCCAUAUCCAAGUCAAUCACCACAUGGUGCACCACCAACAGCUACAGAUUUAUAUUAUAGACAAGCAGCAGCAGCAGCAUUACAAAAACCAUUACCUUAUCGUUUAUAUCCAGGUGUACCAACAGCAUUAGGUACAUUAGGUGGUAUACCAACACAAUUUCCACAUUUAUCAGCAUCAAGUUCAUUAUCAUCAUUAAGUAGUUAUUAUCAGAGUGCAGCAGCAGCAAAUACAACAAGUGGAAUUAAUACAAGUACACCAGUAUCAUCUGGUGGUAUAUCACCAAGUAGCAUUAAUCCAAAUAAUAAUAAUAGUAAUGGGAGUACUUGUAAUAAUAAUAAUAAUAACAAUAGUAGUAGUAGUAAUAAUAAUAUUAUCAGUAUUAGUAAUAAUUGUAUAAAUCGUACUGAAAUUAUACGAAGAUCACCAAGUCCAACAUUAAAUCCAGGUAGUCCACCGGGCCGUUCAGAAAGUAGUCGACCACCAAGUGAUGAUGAAGAUACAAUUCAAGUUUGAAAUUAUCAAAAAUUAAAAUAAUAAUUUUUUUUAAAUAAAUUUUUAAAUAUUUUUUUUUUAAAUUUUUAAAGAAUUUUUAAAUUUUUUUUUAGCAAUUUUAAAGAAGAUUUUUAAAAUUUUCUUUGCUUAAUGU